AAAUGCGCAAAUCCCGGCGUUAUUCAAACGAGCGGAUAAUCUCGCUGAGAAGUUCGUCUAACAAUGGGAUAUUUCCUGUUUCUUCACAAUUGUCUUUUAUCACGGAGUUAUUCAACAAAUCCUGUUCAUAAGUGCUGGUACGUGUGCUGUGUUAAACAACUCGGCUCAUUUGAACACGUCUUGUCGUCGCGAUUUAAUUUCCUUGGAAUCAGUAAUGCGUAUUACAUAAAAACACUAAAAUGGCCGAAGAUGGUAUUGACUUGAUCCGCGAGAUACUAGUAGAUGUAGAAUUGAGCCAGUUUUUGUUACCCAUAAGAGAUGAUCUCCAAAUAACGCGACUAGAACAUUUCGAUUACGUGAAGGCCGAGGACUUGGAAAACAUCGGAUUAAGCAAACCAGGUGCUAGACGGUUGCUGGAAGCCGUCAAGAAAAAACGGGCGCAGAUUAGGAAACGCAACUUAAUCAAUAAGCUGAUCCCGGUCGUUGCUAAUAAGACAGCGACUUUGAAAAAAACUGACGACAGUGUGACUUUGGCGGACUUCACCUCUUGUCUCAUCCCCGAAUCUAACAUAACUUUGUCAAUUAAGCUGGGCGAUGGGUCGUUUGGGGUUGUGCGAAGGGGCGAAUGGACGAGUCCCAACGGUCGAGUGCUUCCAGUCGCUGUUAAGAUCCUCAAAGCCGAUGCGUUAUCCCAACCGGGGGUUUUCGAGGACUUCAUCAAGGAAGUCCAAGCUAUGCAUGUGCUAAGUCACCCCAAUUUAAUCCGUCUGUAUGGCGUGGUGCUGUCGCAGCCCAUGAUGAUGGUGACCGAGUUAGCAAAUCUAGGGUCUCUAUUAGACUACCUCAGGAAACAGUGCCAACAAACACCCGUGCCCAUGCUGUGCGAGUAUGCCACGCAAGUGGCCACCGGGAUGGCGUACCUGGAGAGCAAGCGGUUUCUGCACCGGGACCUCGCCUGCCGGAACGUCCUGCUAGCCUCAGCUGAUAAGAUCAAAAUCGGUGACUUCGGCUUGAUGCGCGCUUUGCCCCAAGAGGAAGACUGUUACGUCAUGACGGAGCACAAGAAGGUGCCGUUCCCGUGGUGCGCCCCCGAGUCGUUGCGCUCGAGGCAGUUCAGCCACGCGUCCGAUACGUGGAUGUUCGGGGUGACGGUGUGGGAGAUGUUCACGUUCGGGGAGGACCCGUGGAUGGGGCUCAUCGGUUCGGAGAUUUUGCGGAAAAUUGAUAAGGAGGGAGAGAGGCUGCACCAGCCGGAGGCGUGUCCGCCGGCUGUUUACAGUAUUUUGCUGCAGUGUUGGCUCAAAAAUCCGACCGAACGGCCGACUUUCGCUGCGUUGAAGGAGUUUUUCCGGAAGAAUAAAACACCAGUGAUGAAGGCGGUUGGGGGACAGGACGAGCCGAAUAAAUUGAAGAUUGAGGAAGGGGAUGAGAUUGCGAUUAUUGAUGGGAGUGCAGAGUUGUAUUGGUGGAAAGGACAGAAUCAGAGGACGUUUGAGAUCGGGUUGUUUGCCAGAUGUUUGGUCGACCCCAUGCGACCCAAACAACCGGAAGACAUCAGCAAACCCCUCCAGAAUUCCUUCAUCCACACAGGUCACGGUUCAGCCUUUGGCGAAUCGUGGGGCAGUCCGUCCUAUAUUGACGACAUGUACCUGAGAAAUCCCAUGGAGCCCCCCGACGUCCUCGGUUUGCACCGUGAAGCCAAACCUUCUCCACAGCUAUGUGAUAGAACCAAAAGUAUCAAAAACACAAAUAGUCUCAAACAAAAGCCAAGUGAUAAACAAUUCAAUUAUCGGAAACUAACGAACGAAUCUAGCAUUAAAAUGAAACCUCAAAGGCCCCCACAGCCAAAAUUAGAGAAAAAUCGGGAAGGUGUUUUGAUUGAUUUGUCACCAGAGAUGGGUUUGUCCAAACAGAGCAAUGUUGGCAGUGCUGAUUCGCGAAGUGUCUCAAUCUUGGAUGAGCCAAUAGACGUGAUGCAAGAGUAUGAGUACCCACCAUCAAAUGCCCCACCACCGUACCAGCAGCCCCCCUCAUACUACAACACUAAAAUGCUCGAACAAUUGACCGAUGACCCGUUCGAUACUUCUCGGGUCUACUCCCCGGAACCCCGGCAGCCCUACUCUGAAAUACCCACAACAUACUCAAAUAACUUCAACUCGAAUAACGAAAUCAAACAAAACGGGUACAUCAAAGGUGAUAUAGCGAACCGUGGCUUGAACUACGGAAGCGACAUCCAAGUCGUGACCUCCAAAGGCGUCCUAACCACCCCCAAGGAAGUUGCAACCCCAGUUCCAAGCACAAACGACGUGUCUUUGAUGAAUCUCAACCAAGUGCCAAGUACUAACGACACGAAAUUCGUCCAAGAACUCGAGAAAUACCUCCUGUCUAAACCCGAAGUCCCAGUUUUGCAACCCCCUCCCCAAAGCACGAAAAAACCCGACCCAGUCCUCCCCAAAGUCCAAAACGGGACUUACUCGAAUCUAGAUACUUACAGCAAAGGCUCAAAGUACGACACGACGAACGUUUUCAAUCGAAUUUGGCACGAAAAUAUGGUCAAAGAAAACGGGAACGUGAAACAGUGCAAAAACUUUGACAUUCCCCCGACUUCUACUAGUCAGAAUUUUUACCAUCACUACGACCCAGUCUCGGAUUUUGAUCGGCUGUCCGUUUCUGGCGUCAAUUUUUAUGAUAAUUGUCACGCAGCGGCCGAUAAUUUGUAUAAUAAUACGUCGUUUUUGGGGCAACCGAGCUCGUCGCUUAGUUCCUUCAGUUCGUGCAAUACUCAGACCGCCGUUUACGGAUCGUAUAAUUCGAUAAGGCAGUAUAGCGAAGUUACCGAUGCGGUGUAUUCGGAAAUUGCCGAAAAUUCAUACAGUCAGGUGCCUGAGGAGAGUCUCAAGCCGCAUAGGCCGGCGCCACCGUCGCCCAUGGUGCAGAGCAUGCAGCAAAUCCAGCGCAAGAUACAACAAGGGCAGCUGAGCGCUGACGCCGAGCGCCUUAUGACGUCCGAAUACCGCAAUAACAAGAUAAGUCAAGUCCGGGAAUGCGUGCCUGAUAUCAGCACCAGCGACUGCUUACAAGCCUUGCAACUAUGUGGGUGGGAGGUGGCCGCCACGGUGAAACACGUGAAGAUCGAUAAAUUACUCAAGCUAGGAUUGGCCAGUCGUGAGCGAUGCGAGGCGGCUUUACAACGUACAAACUGGAAUGUCGAGUUGGCAGCGUCGGCUAUUUUAGACAGUUGAAUUUAAAUAGGAAUCAAAUAACCGUGCCAAAGAUAUUAUCACAGAUAGUUAAAUUAGUUUUAGAUUGUUAAUUAGCAACAUGACAUGACCGCUUGUGAUAAUUUGAAUUUAGUUUUUUUUAAUACUUCCUUUUUUUUCUCGUAGUGAGGUGUGCCAGUUAUCGAAUUAGCUUUACCUAAAAAGGGCACCUCUUGAUGUUCUACAAUCGGCUCGUUUGGUUUUUAAUAAACCAAUAGGAUCAUUGUUCAAACUAUUUAUUCUAGCAAAUAAUCGAUCUUAAUUUAGUUGUUAUGUAUAUAAAUCCUCAAUAAACUAUAUUUUUUUA